UAGCCGCCGCACACAAACUGCAGAGUGGGGGCGUGGCUGGAGAUACUCCAAGACAACUAGCUACUGCAUGCAAGCCAUGAGCAGCUCACCAGGAGCUCCACAGGUCAGCCUCUAGUCUCUCCUCCACACCCUCUACACCACCCUCUCCUACACAAUGUCCUCCAUUAACCGCCCCCUCUCCACCAGCAUCAAUGCAUCACCAUCCCUCACAGUCCCUACUACCACCACACUCCUCACACCACACACGCCCACACCAUCACCACCCACCACCCCUUCACAAGUGUUGUUAUUGUUUCCUGCCGCUGGAGUGGUUGCCAUAGUGAUAGCUGUAUUCCUAUUGGCCGUCUUUACGUUGCUAGUCAUCAGAAAGUGCAUUAUGUACCGUGGGAAGCAGUUCCCUGAUUGCCCAAGAGUGUGUGUAGUGUGUGACUGUUGUGACGGUUGUGGGGGUUGGGAGUGUUGUAGGGGACUAUGUGAAUCACUCGACUGUCAACCACCGGACUGCAACGCUUGGCUUGACAAUAUCUGCCCUACUAAACAGCGAUGCUCCUUGUUCUGCACUGGCCUAGUCUCCUGCUAUUGCUGUGUGUUGUGUAUGGAGAGCUGCCAGGAGAUGCAGAUAUGUCCGGACUGUUCAGCCAUGACUUGUCCUGACUGUGAUUGCUGUAACUGUUGUCAUUGCACUGUCAAAAUACCAGAAUGUCACCAAAUCAGUUGCUUAUGCUUUGAGUGUGGGAGACCACCAGUUUAACAUAUCACUUAUUAUCAAUUUUGAUGACAAUAAUUUGUCUUAUAUUA